GCAAUGCCACAGCACCGUGUUUUUUUGUAGGUGAGGGUGAAGGUGAGUGAUGGAUUUUAGAGAGAUAUCCCGUCGCUUCGAGUCCAACGCUUGUUCCAGAACCGAUACCCGCCAUAUUAAAUUUCUCUCUUACUCAAACGCCUUCGCACUUUUUCCCAACCACCUUUCCACCACCAACACCCAACAACGACCACGUCCACCACCUAUUUCCAUCAAGAGUGCAUGCAGUUCCAUCCAGACGCCGCUCAUCCACCGUCACCAGAGACCUGUCAUCUGUCCCGACCGCACCAUCUCCCUCAAGCGACGAGACCCGCCCCCGUUCGUCGGCUAGAGCCAGAUUUCUGCAAUCUUGGGGGUCGAGCAUCGUCGUCGUGACGCUAUUCACAGUGCAGAGUUGCUGCGAAGGGACCGACGCUCUGGCGUUUGUGGUUCCAGGGGCCGCACCACCCCCCAGCUACCGCUACAGCUACUGAGUACAGCUACAGCUACACCCAACUUAGGGUAACCCUAAGCUAAUACUGCUGCUACACGACCAUUUCUACUAUUGCCUGGCCCACUCGGAAGUGCUGUAUCUGGCAGACGUGAAGCAGGAGUGAGGUCGAUUUGGAGCACAGCAUCGACACGCCUCACCUUCGCCUGUUCUCACCUCCCUUCUCUCGGAUGAGCCAUGUCGACGGAUGCGCCUCAGGUAGAAGCUGGUGUUGGUCAAGCUCGACGUGCAUCCGUUUCAUCGGCUUCGGGACUCUCGUCGCCACCACACAGCUCACCGGAGCCGAAUACUCUGGCCGCCUCAAUGAACAACCGAAAUAGCCUCAACAACGUCGCUGUCGCUGCCCUCACCUCCAAUGCCAACCCCCCUGAACAUCACGACCCCAAUGUUCGCACGCUGCUGCCGCCCUCGGCGUCUGCCUCGGUUGAGCCACCGGUCAAGGUGAGGAAGAAGCCCGGUCGCAAGCCCAAGAGCUUCUACCUCAGCCAGGAAGCAGGCGACGGCAAUCCAGAGAACUCCGCCAGCAACACCGAUGCACCCAAGGCGAAGAGAACGCGCAAGCCUCGAGAUCCCAAUGCACCCAAAAUCGAGAGAAAGAAGAAGAGGACUUCGCACCCUGCAGGUACCAUCGAGCUCCAAGUAGGUGCCGCACGGGCCCCGGGUGAGCCGGUCGGGAGUUUUUUUAUGCACCCUGGAGCUGCAGCUGCAGGCGACGUCAAUCCGUCCGAAAACGGUAGACGUGACCCUAUUCCCAACCCCACCGCGAGUUUCUUCAACAACGCUGAUCCACCUCAAACCCACCACCACUCACCACCACAACCACCCGCCCACUCACAACAAGGACGUACGAGCGGUCAGAAUUAUGACCCUAUCAGAUCAAAUUACGAUCCUGUCCGGGAGACAGUUGUGAGCCAGAACCCCUUCAGUAACCCCCAAGGUCAAGGUGCCCAGGGCUCUCCACACCUCCCACAGUCCAUGAAUAGAGCAAGUGCUUCUCCGUCGAUUUCUAGUCUGGUCGACCCACCCAAUCAGGCGUUGACGUCGCCCUCGAUUGCGACACAGUCAUUCUUAAACCAACAACAAGCUCAAGCUCGUCUAUAUCAAAACGACGGCGCCUCGUCCCACCCACCUUCGCCUACUGUGGUUCGACUAGCACCAUCGGUGCCAGCUGAGGCUCCUCCACCAAAGCAACCAGCCAUGUCUUCCAGAAAAUCUGAUGGACCUUCGUUGUCGAAGAAGGCCUCUUUGGGUCAUGGAAGUACCGCAACAUCCUCUGCAGGCGCAUCACCUAAACCACCCAAGGUCAAGGAUUCCAGCAAAGAGAUAUUUCCUGCACCACCACCUCUUCCUGGUUCAGGUUUGAUGGGAAUGGGUAGUGGAGGCGAAGAUGGUACCGAGUUUCGCGCUCCGACCGUUGUUCUCCAUAUUCCAAUGAACGGAGAAACCAACAAAAUCAUUAAUUUCACCCGCUUGGCCGAGGAGCUAUACGGCUGGGAUGCCCUGCAUCCGCGUCUUGCCGCUCAACGUGACCGUCUUGCUAGAGUCGCUGCUGCAGGUGCCGCUCUUGAGCGAAAUGGCUCAGGCAAGGAUAGUGGUGACGAUAUGUCCCUUGACUCGGAGGGCGAAGGUAGUAAUGUUGAGAUGGGUGGUAUGAGUGACGGUCGAACAGGUACUGAUGGAGGAGCCAAGAAGAUUCCGCGAAAGAGAAGAAUGAAAGAAGAUCAAUACGAUAAAGAUGAUGGAUUUGUCGAUGAUUCCGAGUUACUUUGGGAGGAACAUGCUGCUGCGGCUCAGGAUGGAUUUUUCGUUUACUCUGGGCCGCUGAACCAGGACAGCGAAAAGACAAAUGAAAAUCUUAGGUACGUGAUCUUCGUCUCACCCAUUACAUUAUCUAUUAACCUUUUCUACAGAGCCGGUGGCCAACCCAAACGUGGGCGAGGACGCGGCAGCAGAGGAGGUCGUGGUGGAACUGCUCGAGGUGGUGCUGCAACUGCAGCAGCGGCAGUUGGAGGUGUUGCUAUCAAUGAACGUACCGGUCGUCCUAUAUCAGGACCUGGUUCUCGGGGAGGGUCAACCACUCGCAAACCUCGAAUCACUAAAGCAGAUCGUGCUCGUAUGGAGCAAGAAAAGAUUGACCGCGAAAAGAUGGGCACGUUGGCCUCGAUGCCUGCUGGUUAUGGCAAUGGCAUGGUUACGUUGGCAAGUAAUGCUAAUAUGGGCAAUACCCCUAUGGUUUUUAACCAGUAGACUGGGGGAUAUGACUUUUUGGGAUGCAUCAUUUCUUUCCUUUGUUACUGUUCGGAGAUAUUUUUUUUUGCGUUUGGUUCUCUCUCGUUUUGUGUCUCACUCGAAUAUGGGAUAGUAUGGCGAUGUUUACAGAGUUUUUCACUGCUUUUCUGUGUUUCUGGCAUGGAGUUUUCUGGGGGAAUGGUACAUAGUACAUGGAAAUUCUUGGGGGUGGGGUCUUUCUUUGACAUCUAUGUCCCGUCGAUGGGCUGGAUCAUGUUGGUGUUUUCUUUUGAAGUCUUUGGUUUCUGUAAAUUAUUCUCUCCUCGCGGGCCUCGUUUCUUUUUUUCCCCUUGUCCUUUCCCUAUUUCUCUUUUUUUAUAUUUUACAUCUGCAUUGCGAGGGGUGCACAUUGGCAGACAACUGUACGGAUGAACUGGGCUGUAAAUUAGAUAAAAAUAUUCUUUUUUUCUUCCUCUCCCUCUUCGCUGGUGAUCAAGAUUUUCUUUUGGGGUUUUGAUUUUAAUGCUGGGGUUUGUUUGUUUAAGGUGUGGUGGUGAAGUGAGUGAGUUAGUAUUGAAUUAUUUGAAUUUGAAUUUAUUGAGGAUUCACCGGAUAUUCAUACUCCUCUCCUAUCUGUUAUGUGAGGGGAGAUAUGUGCGAGCUACUAAUUUCAAUUCUCGUGUAUGUAGGUAACGUAUUGAAUCUUGAGAAUUGAACGACACCUUUAUUUGGUAGGUACUCGUAUAGGUACCUAGCCAUAGCCAAGUCACCAACACAUGUCAUUGUAUCUCACCAACACAUGUCAUUGUAUCACAACGCCGCUUUUACACCCGUAAGGACGAGGCGAGGCGAGGCUACCAAAACCCUUUUCAAGCUUCUGCACCACCCACCCAACCUCAGCCUAGUAGAUAAACUUCCACUUCACGACCCCGCCGCACCCUCUUUUCCGCACGCACGCAAUACGGAGACGAACGAACGUGAGGGACGAAGCUGAAGCUGAGGUUCAAGCAAGGGGAAAAUAAAAGGAAAGCUGGGAAAGGUUGGAAGGAAGCCAUGGCAGAGGAAAAGAGGAAGGAAAGGCCUAGUGCCCUUCGUUCGGUUAUUGCGGGGUCUACGGCUGGGGGGGUGGAGAUUGGUGAGUUUUUUCCUUUUUCUGGGGGGGUUGGGGAGGGGGUUUGUGAGGGGAUUUGGGAUGAGGGGAUUGGGAUUGGGAUGAGGGAAAGUGGAAGAUUUGCUAAUGUGUUUGUGGUGUGUAGCUAUUACGUAUCCGGCGGAAUGUAGGUUUUUCUUUCCCUUCUUGUUGCCCUUGUUUAUCUCUUUACCGAGCCUUCGAGGAAGUAAUGCGAUAUCGUGGUUCUUCCCUUGUGGGGAUGGAGUUGGGUGUUUGGUGGGGUGGGAUUGGAGGGGAAGGAAGGAAGGGAAUGGAUGAAAGUUGAUGGAGGGAAUGCUGAUGGGGGAAUAUAGUUGCAAAGACGAGAUCACAGUUGAAUCGACGGUUGGCUGACUCGGCGAAGCUUCCUUGGCCUCCCUUUGGGAGUGCGUGGUAUGCGGGGUGUACGACGCUGAUUAUUGGGAAUAGUUUGAAGGCGGGGAUUCGUAUGUUUUUUUUUUUCCUUUCUUUGUCAUUCAUAUUGUUAAAGCUUUGUUUGGGAUUUUUAUGAUUGGGUUGGAUUGAGGAGAGGAAUUGGUUUGUGGAUGGUAUUGGCUAAUGGGUUGUGGUUUGAUCUAGGAUUCGUCGCUUUCGAUCAGUAUAAAUCCAUGCUUGAAGAUGCGGAUGGGAAGAUCUCUGGACCGAGGACGGUGAUUGCGGGGUUUGGAGCGGGGGUUACGGAGAGUUUGUUGGCUGUUACGCCUUUUGAGAGUAUUAAGACGACUUUGUGAGUUCUCUCUUCUCUUAUAUCACAACUUUUCUCUUCAUAAACUUCUUUCAUAUUACCCUAGUCUAGCCCAGCACAAUCUCUUUCUAUAGACAGAUAUGAAGUAGAAUAGAGGAACAAGACUAAUAGACAUUUGCAGAAUCGAUGACAAAAAGUCCCCCAAUCCACGUCUAAAAGGCUUCCUCCACGCCGUCCCCAUCAUAGCCCGCGAACGCGGUAUCCGCGGUUUCUUCCAAGGCUUCGUCCCCACCACCGCCCGACAAGCAGCCAACUCCGCAACCCGCUUCGGAUCCUACACCUUCCUCCGUCAACUCGCACAAUCCUACACUGCACCCGGCGAAAAACUCGGGGCCAUAUCAACCUUUGGCAUCGGAGGUAUUGCAGGACUCAUCACGGUGUAUGUCACGCAGCCACUGGAUACGGUCAAGACCCGCAUGCAGAGCAUCGAGGCGCGAAGUCUGUAUCGGAAUACCUUCCACUGUGCCAGUUUGGUGGUAAGGAAUGAGGGCGUGUUGACGUUGUGGAGUGGUGCGUUGCCGAGGCUGGUGAGGUUGUGUUUGAGUGGCGGGAUUGUUUUUACGAUGUAUGAGAAGAGUAUUGAGUUGAUGGAUAGGAUUGAUCCGGAGAAGAGGUAUCUAUGAUUUCAUGUGGUGAUGGAUGAGGG